AACUCGCGCGACUACGGAGUCGCUGCCUCCAGCCUGAUUCAAAGUAGUGUAGACUUCUUGCCCGGCUCCAGCUGUCUCUAGUCUCUCCAGGAAUGAGAAGCGAUGGCCAGCUCUGCCAACGAGGAGAAAACAUUCAAGAGAUUCUUGGAGCUCUUCUUGCGGGAGAUGAGGCCACCUCUCCAGGAGGACGUACCUCUACCGAUGCGCCCCUUGACGGACCUGAUCUCGGAGGACGAGGUGGAGGGGGAAUGUCUCGACCUGUGUCUCCAGCACCUGUGUAAAUACAAUUGCCCUUUUUCCUUGGCUGCAGGCCUGGCCCGUGGUACAGCAGACAGUAUCCUGCAAAGCGAUCUCUCCAUGUACUAUCUCAACAAGAGUGUGGAGGAUGGCACAGACACGCUGCCUCCAGAGAUCGAUUCGGUGAAGCUGGCCCGGCUGGUCUUUAAUAAGCUGUGCGAGACAUGCUGUCAUUGGCUAAAGGAGUUCCCGUAUCGCCGCCGCCACUUGCCGUACUACGAGACCUCCAUUCACGCUAUUAAAAACAUGCGUAGAAAGAUGGAAGACAAACACGUCGUCAUUCCUGACUUCAACACACUUUUCAAUCUACAGGAUCAGGAAGAGCAAGCUUUUUACGCUGUGUUUGAUGGUCAUGGUGGGGUGGAUGCUGCCAUUUACGCCGCCAAUCACCUGCAUGUAAACCUGGUCAGACAAGAAAUGUUCAGUCAAGAUCUUGGAGAGGCUCUUUGUCACUGCUUCAAACUGACUGAUGAGCGGUUCAUACAGAAGGCAAAACGUGAGAAGGUGCGCUGUGGCACUACAGGGGUCGUGACCUUUCUGAGGGGUCGCACACUGCACGUGGCCUGGCUGGGCGACUCACAGGUCAUGAUGGUGAAGAGAGGUCAACCAGUGGAGCUGAUGAAACCACACAAACCAGAGAGAGAGGAUGAGAAAAAGAGGAUUGAAGCUCUGGGGGGGUGUGUAAUCUGGUUCGGCACAUGGAGGGUGAACGGCAGCCUGUCCGUUUCCAGAGCCAUCGGUGAUUCAGAACACAAGCCCUAUAUCUGUGGAGAUGCUGACUACAGCACCUUCAACCUGGACGGCAGUGAGGACUACUUGAUCCUGGCCUGCGACGGCUUCUACGACACAGUGAAUCCAGAGGAAGCUGUGCGAGUCGUCAGCGACCACUUGCAGGAGAACAACGGGGACACCGCCAUGGUGGCCCACAAGCUAGUUGCCUCGGCCCGAGAUGCGGGGUCCAGCGACAAUAUCACAGUCAUUGUGGUGUUCCUCAGGGACCCCCGUUUGCCCCCACCCUCAGAUGAACCAGAGGAGGAGCAUGAAGAGGAGCUGGUGGAGGAUGCGGGAGAGGAGAAAGAGGAAGUGGAGUCCUUGCAGAGUGAGCUGGUGUGUCAAGACGGAGGGGCAGAGAAUGGAGGAAAGAACCGGGGCGGCUGGCCACUCCAGCAGUGCUCGGCGCCAGCCGACCUGGCCUAUGAAGACCGCAUGGACUCGUUUACAGACAGAACAAGUCUAAGCAUCAUGGGGCCGGACCUGCGUGCAGAGACUGGCUGCUUCAGGCUCCCAGAUUCAUCCAGCCUCCCCCCGAUGAGAACCGUCAUGCCAGACCUCAUACCCCCCUACAGGGGGGGCGGCGCGGCCUGGCGCCCCUACUCAGAGGAUGGCCUCUCUGGGUACAGGCAAAAGCCCCAGCCUAAACCCAGAGUGCCCUCCUACACGCAGACCACCUCAGAUGGACAAUUGUUGGAGGUGGCUGCGCUCUUCCCUCAGGAGGGCCGGAGGAAGAGGCGGCUGGAGGUCAUGCCACUGAGGAGGGAAUCUCAGCGCCUGAUCCGGAGGGCUAGAGAAAGUCACGGUCCUCUGAGCUGCUUCCCUAGCGUGCCCUAUCCUCUCCGCUCUGCAGAGAGGAAGCCUGGGAUAGCCUUUCCCCAUGUAACCCACAGCUAAAGAGUCUAAUCGAUAACUUCCUUGCCCCAUCAUGCCGCCCUCCGUACCUGAAGCUAAAACGCGUUCAUUUCACACAACACACAACGUGGGCUUACACAAACAUACAUGCAUACUCUGUUCCAAAACCUAGUGAGCAGCCUUCAUAGGCAGCAUUUUGAGGGACCUUUUAGUCACCUUGUAUUGGACAAAUUUUAAGGCAUGUAUCCUUGGUGCAAAACACAAACCCAAAAGGAAGAGAGUGAAAAUCUUGAUCAAAAAAGUUUACUAUAAUUUAAACCUGUUUUACCAAAUAUUUGUGUGUAUUAUAUAUAGUUAUGGCUAUCAGCAUGGAAGCUUAUUUCUGCCGUGGAAUAAAAAUAUAAUAAUGUUA